AUGGAUCACCGUAUCUUUAUCUAUCACUUCAAAAAUGACCAGUCAGUUCGUGGGCGGCACAUGACCUACCUGUGCUACGAGGUGCAGCUCUUUGAUGUCCGCUUCAGGGUCCCCCUGGGCAUGAUCAGAGGCGUCCUGCAUAACCAGCAUCAUCCCGAUCCCCAGCGACGCUGUCACGCAGAGCUGUGCUUCCUGAUCAGGAUGUCUUCUUUGAGGUUGUACCCAGGGCAGUGGUGUCAGGUCACCUGGUUCCUCUCCUGGAGCCCCUGCCCUAGGUGUGCUUCCAAAGUGAGCGACUUCCUGCGAAGCAACAGGCACGUGAGCCUACGCAUUUUUGCAGCCCGCCUCCAUACCUACCACGCCGGCUACGAAGAGGGGCUCCGCUCACUGCGGGAUGCCGGGGCCCAGCUGUCCAUCAUGACUGCCAAAGAGUUUGAGUACUGCUGGAGAGUCUUCGUGGAUAACCACUCAUGGCCCUUCAGGCCCUGGAACAUGCUGGAAAAGAGCAGCCAAGCCAUAUCAGAAAGGCUUCAAUCCAUUCUCCGGGAAAAGAUUUCCUUCUUCCACCAGCCGACCUGCUAUCAGCCUUCAUUUGGAGUCUUCUCUCCCGGAAGAUUUCCUUGCCCUCCACAGACAGCUUCCUCUUGGUUCCCUGCUCCCCCGAGGGGCCCCCAGCACCAUCCUUUCUGA